UUGUAGGUGGCGGCGGCGGAGUGAAAUUGGAGCCUCUCAAACGGCGGGCGGUGGCGGGUGGCCGAAGCUGGAGGUGGGCGGGCAGGUGGGUCUGUGAAGGGCCUGGGGCCGGUCAUGGCGCUGGGGCCUGACCCAGGGGGAAGAUGAAUAAGGGCUGGCUGGAGCUGGAGAGCGACCCUGGGCUCUUCACUCUAUUAGUAGAGGAUUUUGGUGUUAAGGGGGUGCAAGUUGAAGAAAUCUAUGAUUUACAGAGCAAAUGCCAAGGGCCAGUCUAUGGGUUCAUCUUCCUUUUCAAAUGGAUUGAAGAGCGCCGAUCACGACGGAAGGUCUCAACUCUGGUAGAUGAGACAUCGGUGAUUGAUGAUGACAUUGUCAAUAAUAUGUUCUUUGCUCAUCAGCUGAUCCCCAAUUCUUGUGCCACACAUGCGUUGUUGAGUGUCCUCCUGAACUGCAGCAGUGUAGACUUGGGGCCAACUCUGAGCCGAAUGAAGGAGUUCACAAAAGGGUUUAGUCCAGAGAGCAAAGGCUAUGCCAUUGGAAAUGCCCCAGAACUGGCCAAGGCCCACAACAGUCAUGCUAGGCCAGAGCCCCGGCAUUUGCCAGAGAAACAGAAUGGGAUCAGUGCGGUGCGAACCAUGGAGGCUUUUCACUUUGUCAGCUACGUUCCCAUUAAGGGGAGGCUCUUUGAGCUGGAUGGCCUGAAGGUUUAUCCCAUUGACCAUGGUCCGUGGGCAGAAGAGGAGGAAUGGACAGACAAAGCUCGAAGAGUGAUCAUGGAGAGAAUUGGACUUGCCACAGCAGGGGAGCCAUAUCAUGACAUCCGCUUUAACUUGAUGGCAGUCGUGCCUGACAGGAGGAUGAAGUAUGAAUCCAAGCUGCAUAUCUUGAAGAUGAACCGGCAAACUGUAUUAGAGGCUUUGCAGCAGCUAAUCCGUGUGACACAACCAGAGCUGGUCCACACCCAGAAAUUCCUGGAGGCCCAGGCUUCUGAAGAGCCAAAGUCAGCAAACAGCAAGCCCCCCACCGCCCUGCCACUGGGGCGAGCGCAGCUGGUCCCCGAGAGCUCACAAGCAGAGAGCACUGAGGAGUCUGGAGGCCAGGAUCAGCCUUCAUCAACCCAGAGCCCCCCAAGCAAAUCCAAGCUGGGCAAUAAGCUACCUGUGAGCAGCAUCAAUGGGGCACUGGCCAACCCUAGCCCUAUCGUGCAGAGACUGCCAGCUUUCCUGGAUAACCACAACUAUGCCAAGUCACCCAUGCAAGAGGAAGAGGACCUUGCAGCAGGAGUGGGCCGGAGCCGGGUCCCAGUACGGCAGCACCAGCAGUACUCGGACGAGGAGGAUGACUACGAUGAGGAGGAGGAGGAGGAAGUUUGCAAUGCCAAUCCCGCCAUGAGAUACAAGCGGAAGGGCCCAGUGAAGCAGGAGCCCCUGGCGGGGAGUGCAGAUGGCCAGCUCUCCAUGCUGCAGCCCAACACUAUUAAUGUCCUAACUGAGAAGCUCAAGGAAACACAGAAGGAUCUCUCCAUCCCCCUGUCAAUCAAGACCAGCAGUGGAGGCACUGCUGUUGCUGCUGUUGCCCAUUCCCAACCAUCUCCUACACCCAGCAAUGAGAGUACGGACACUGCCUCAGAGAUUGGGAGUGCCUUCAAUUCCCCACUCCGCUCCCCCAUCCGCUCAGCCAACCCCACUCGUCCCUCCAGCCCUGUCACCUCUCACAUCUCCAAGGUGCUGUUUGGGGAGGAGGAUAGCCUUCUGCGUGUGGACUGUAUACGCUACAAUCGAGCUGUGAGGGAUUUGGGGCCUAUCAUCAGCACAGGCUUACUGCACCUCACAGAGGAUGGGGUUUUCUGCCCACUUACUAUAACAGAUGCUGGGAAAAAAUCCUCAUCUUCUAGCAAAUCCAGUGAAGAGCUUCAGUCCACUGUCAAGCUAGAAGAGAGAGACUCAAGUGAAGCAAAUGACAGCAAGGAGAAGCCUGGACUUGGUCGGUCUGGUGAUCUCCCUUGUGGGGAAAAGUAUUCUCCUAAAGAGCUGCUGGCACUGCUGAAAUGUGUGGAAGCCGAAAUAGCUAACUAUGAAGCCUGUUUAAAGGAGGAGGUAGAGAAAAGGAAGAAGUUCAAGAUUGAUGACCAGAGAAGAACUCACAAUUAUGAUGAAUUCAUAUGCACCUUUAUCUCCAUGCUGGCACAAGAAGGAAUGUUGGCUAGCCUUGUUGAACAGAACAUCUCUGUGCGCAGGCGGCAAGGGGUCAGCAUUGGGCGUCUCCACAAGCAGCGGAAGCCUGACCGGCGGAAACGUUCCCGGCCGUAUAAAGCCAAGCGUCAGUAGCACCGGCCUUUGGACAGUACGUUGUGUUCACUGCUUGUCACUUUGGUCAUCUGGUGCACAUUUCAGGCUCUACCAGCUGGGCAGUGCCCAGGAGAUGGGCUUUGCACUGAACAUCUCUGUUCAAAUAAUCAGUGUUAGUGUAAUGUUACAUGCAAAUCCACCUGCAUUCAAAUGGGCUGUAGAUGUUCCUCUAAUGGUGGUGGACUAUGUGGGCAUUCCAGUGUAACUUUUCUCCAAACCCUAAGGACCAGGACCACUUGAGGGUCCUACUUAACACAGCACUUGAAUUUGCUACUCAGUGUCCGAAAUCCAUCUGCAGUAUAUCUUGCAGUAGCCAAUGGCAUCCUUCAGAAGCUCUGUAGGGAGAUUAUUGAAAAGGAGAAACCAAAUUCCUGCCACCUUCUAGAAGGGCAUUGCAGCAGGAGUUGGUGUGGUGUUGGGUUCAGGUUUCCCAGCAAAAAAGGAAUUGGCAAUGUACUGUUUCUGGCCAGUGCCGAUGGCUCUGUGUUCUCCUGGGAGGCUAUUAUCUAUUUUCUGUAUUAAAAUGUAUAUAUAUAUUUUCUGAGCCAUAUUAUCAUUGUAGUGGACUACAGGUGGCCAUCUACCCUUUUUCCAGGAAUCUAUUAUGUGCAUUGGAAGGGAUGCUUUCCACUUGAAGGUCAGGCUUCUUUGCUCCUCCUUUGCAGAAGGUCUUUCAGUUCAGUAUCAGUCCUGUUAAUGUUUCUCUGGGCGGUUUCUUCAGUUGUUGCAGGAACAGGGAGAGGAAUUUCUGAAAUGGGCGGUGGGUGCCCAAAGUAAGGACACAGCGUGACUCACAAUUUAUAGGGGUGUAUACCUUGAAGUGUGUGCUGCUUUCUGUUAUAUUUUUCUGUUUGUUAGCCAUGCACAGAAAAGGAUCAGAAUGAUCAAUCAUACAAGAUUAUUUCCCCCUUCCUGAACUUGGGGGUUGAUAAACUGUAGCCUCAGGUGCCCCUUGAAAGUCCCUUGGCUUUUGCUCAGAUUAUGCUGCAUAAAACCACCCUUUAUGAAGUUAAAACAAUGCUGAGACAAACAGUUGAAAUGGGUGGAUUAGUGUCAUGAUAUGCUAGAAGUAACAUAGGUAUUUGUUCUGUUCUCUCUCUCUGCUCUCUGGAACUGUUAGACCACCAAAAAAAAAAAAAAAAAUCAGGUGGGUAGGAAUCA